AUUUCAAUAACUUGUGCAACUAGUGAAGGGACUUGUCCUAGUGCUUACUUUUGGUCUGCUGACUUUACUUAUUGAGGCCUCAGCAGAACUAGUUUAUCCCUUGCAAUGUCUAUGAUGUGUCAAAAAUGUCGACACCAACUGCCAUUGCCACCACAUGAUCAACUAUUUCGUUGCGAGUGUGGUAAUUUGAUUCCUCUGAGCGGUAGUGAGAGGCGACUGCCAGUUCGAGAACAUGGUAAAUUCAGGAGAAACAGUUCCAGAACGAACAGUCUAUCCCCUUCACUCAGCGUUAGUCCGGAGAAAAUAUCUUACUAUUGGUUUACUGGAUUAAUUCCUGUUUCCAAUAGGAAUCAACGUAGCGAUAGUGAGCACUCCCGCUAUAGUCCACGUUUGUCUCCAGGUUUCACAAAGCCACCACCACAUGGGAAGAACGCACUUUGCAGUGAUAGUGAGUACUCCAGCACUAAUCCACGUUUGUCUCUAAUUUUCACAAAGCCGCCACCACGUGGGAAGCGCGCACUUCUUUGUGGGGUGACUUACAAGGCGGAGAAAUUCAGGCUUAAAGGAACAUUGCAUGAUGUACACAGCAUGGGGGACUUGCUUCUUCGAAAAUUCAACUUUUCAGAUGAUUCCAUUCUUAUUCUAGCAGAGGAAGAGGCAUAUAAACCUCCAACUAAGAGAAACAUCCUGGAGUCUUUCAAGUGGUUGAUGGAAGACCUUAAAUCAGGUGACUCGAUGGUGUUCUACUUCAAAGGAUAUGGCUUACGACAACCUGAUUUUAAUGAUGAUGAGCUAGAUGGUUUUGAUGAAAUGAUCUGUCCUCUCGACUUUAGGACUGAAGGCAUGAUCAGUGAUAAUGCCAUCAAUGAUAUUCUUGUUAAACCAUUGAUUCCAGGUGUUACACUUCAUGCCAUUGUUGACGCUUGCCAUAGUGGAACUAUUCUCGACUUACCUUGGGUAUACAACGAGAAUAAAUGGAAAGAUAACAGACCCCCAUCCGGCGUUAAUAAGGGCACAAGCGGUGGCAGGGCCAUCAGUUUCUGUGCUUGCAAGGAUAAUCAACUAGCUGCAUAUACCUCUGCUUUCUGUGCUGAAAAAAUUAUGACUGGUGCCAUGACUUACACAUUUACAAACGCUCUCUGGGAAAAUCCAGAUAUAACAUACAAAGGAUUACUUGAUUGUAUGCACAGGGCAAUCGAAAGGGUCAACAAAGCUAGAUGUCCACUGCUGAAGGUACUCCAACGCAAGAUAGACCAGGAACCAGUGUUAUCAUCCUCUGAAAAAUUCAACACUAACAUGAAGUUCGAGCUCUAAAUCUGCUGCAGAAAUACGAAUUUGGACCUAGAGACUUCCAGUUCCAUCACUAAAGGAGGACAUGGGCGUGGCGCUGCUUGUUUCAUACUUUUCUCUUGUAUUGCUUCCAUUUAUUUUGACCCUUGUUUAUCUUUCUCAAGAAGACAAUCCAGAGAUUCGCAUCAAAAUUCUCUCUUUGGCUUUCUUCUGUCUUGAUGCGGAUUACAUAAUUUGUAUCUAUAUCUCUGAGUUAAUAAUUGAAAGUUUUCAUAUAA